AUGGCCACAGUGCGUAUAUGCCUCUGUGGUGACGAGGGCACUGGAAAAUCAAGUCUGAUAACGAGUCUUGUGAAAGAUGUCUUUGUGACCAACAAGAUCCAGCCCGUCCUCCCUCAAAUCACCAUCCCUCCUAGCAUCGGCACGCCUGAGAACGUGACAACCACCAUCGUGGAUACGUCAGCGCUGCCGCAGGAGAGAACAAAUUUGGAUAAAGAGAUACGAAAAUCCAAUGUCAUAUUGCUGGUCUAUUCGGACCACUACAGCUAUGAAAGGGUGGCGCUCUGGUGGCUGCCGCAUUUCAGAUCACUGGGUGUCAAUGUGCCGGUGGUUCUAUGCGCCAACAAGUCAGAUCUCUCGACAAAUAUCAAUACGGAGCAAGUCGUCGAAGAUGAGAUGCUUCCUGUCAUGGCCGAGUUCAAAGAGAUUGACUCCUGCAUCCGUACCAGCGCGAGGGAGCAUCACAAUAUUAACGAGGUCUUCUUCCUAUGCCAAAAAGCGGUCACGGACCCUAUAGCACCGCUAUUCGACUCCAAGGAAUCCUGUCUCAAGCCAGCUUGUGUCUCUGCACUUGAACGGGUAUUUUACCUUUGCGACAAAGACCAAGACGGCUACUUGAGUGAUAAAGAGGUAUAUGACUUCCAGACAAAAUGCUUCGGCAAGUCUCUCCAAGAAGAAGAUCUGGACAAUAUCAAACAAGCCAUCUCAAAAUACUCUGCCUCUGCCGUAACUCCAAAGGGUGUAACUCAAGAAGGCUUUAUCCUCCUUAACAAGAUCUUUGCCGAAAAGGGCCGCCAUGAAACCAUCUGGAUCAUCCUCCGCACAUUCCACUACUCCAACAGCCUAUCGCUCCACUCCUCGUUCCUCCACCCCAAAUUCGACGUACCCGCCAACAUCUCCGCAGAGCUCUCCCCAGCCGGCUAUCGCUUCUUCGUCGACCUCUUCCUGCUCUUCGACAAGGACAAUGACGGCGGUCUAUCCCCUUCUGAAUUCACUUCUCUCUUCGCGGCGACUCCAGGCCUACCCUCGACUUGGUCUGACUCCGCCACUGACUUCCCGUCCUCCACCAUCCGCAACGAAGCUGGUUUCAUCACCCUUCAAGGCUGGCUCGCUCAGUGGAGCAUGACCACCUUUUUCUCGCCCAAAACCACGCUCGCCUAUCUUGCCUAUUUAGGCUACGAUCCACCCGACCGACAAACCACAUCCGCUCUGCAUCUCACUAAACCUCGCAAACGCAACCAUCGCGGUAAGAAGCUUGCGAAAACCGAACGCAACGUCCUUCUCGCCUACAUUCUUGGCGCUCCUGGCUCGGGCAAAUCUUCCCUCCUUGACGCCUUUCUAUCACGCCCAUUCAGCCCAACAUAUCACCCAACGAUCAAGCCCCGAACGGCCGUCAACAGUGUGGAACUACCAGGUGGGAAGCAAUGCACCCUCAUCCUCGAAGAACUGGGUGAACUCGAACCCGCCAUUCUCGAAAACAGUGCCAAGCUCGCGGCCGCAGACAUUCUAGUGUACACCUAUGACUCCUCCGAUCCGGAGUCCUUCGCCUAUAUCCUGCAACUUCGCUCCCAAUACACUUACCUCGACCAGAUGCCCUCUUUAUACAUCGCUAUGAAAGCAGACAUGGACAAAUCUACCCAGAGAGGCGACGUGCAGCCAGAGGAGUAUACCUCCAGCUCGGGUAUGGCGAAGCCGUUGCAUGUUAGUGUGACGUGGGGUAGUAUCAGUGAAGUGUUUGUCCAUGUUGCGGAGGCGGCUUUGUGGCCUGGAGGUGCACUGCCGAAGGGGAUGGAAGGGGAGGAAGAGGUUGAUUGGGUGAGGUGGUGGGUUGUGGGUGGGGCUGUUGUCGCCGUUGGAGCAGCAGUCGCUGGCAUCUGGAAGAGAGCGACGAGAGAUUAA